AUGGAGACAACAAGGAGCGCGCGCGAGGAGGAAGAGGAGGAGAACAACGAGGACGUGGAGCUGUGGAAAGCAGCGCUAGGCGACGACAGCUUUGCCAAGAUCAGUGAGGACGAUCUUGGCUAUGCGUCGCACGCAGCAACGAGCUCGAUCGAUGCGGAUUCGAUCGAGCAACAGCAAAUUGCCCCUCGACGAUCAAGACAAGGUACGACUACUGCUACAACAACAACAACAACGACUACUACUACUACAACGCAGCGAUAUAAGCGCAAAAACUUUAGCAAACAGCUACAGCUGCUAUGUCUCGAACGUUAUGCUCAAUACGCACGAGACAUCGGGCGGCUGCCAGAUAAGCACGGGACGCAGCAGAUUCUGCAGCAGAGUUAUGUGCAAUUCCUGAAACAAGGUGGGGCAGCAGAAGAGCCGCGACUGACACAUGCCGAGUUUCUCAAGCUGAUACGCAAUCGACGGCGAGAGAUUCAUGCCAGGGCUCAGCGUGUGCCGCCACAAUUGGACCGACACGACCAAGUGACGGUUAAGACGAUGGCGGCGCUGACGCCUGCGAAACGGAAGCUACAACAGGAACACGCAAAAAUUCGGGAAUUUAUUGACGUGAUUGACAAAGCAAGACGACAAGCAGGGCUUGUUUCAGACCUUCAGCAGCAGCAGCGGCACCAACGACUUCGAGCAGAGCAAUUUGUGGUGGGACAUGAUGCAUGUGCUCAGCAACGUCAACCACAGCAUCUUGUGAUAAGGGAUGAGGGCACGGGAUCUUCACCAUCAAUAACGGAAAGUUUGCCGCUGCUGCCGGUCGAUCCGAUGGAACAAGCGGAGACUAUUUUACAAAUUUAUCAGGAAACACGGGACGUGCAGCGUGAAAUUAUGGAAACGUUACGGACAAUUAGUCGUGUGAUUAGCCAGCAUGAAAGCCACGGCGAUGCCGACGAGCCAUCUAGUGCCAGCGUUUGA